CAUUAACAGCAUUAACACCGAAUCAGUAAUUAUAAUAACAAUAUCGUCGAGUUGUAGUAUUGAUCAGAAAUCUGAGAAAAACAAUUUCUUUCAUUAAUUGUAUUCUAAAUGUGAUGACUUGUAAUUAGAUAAUUUUUACCAAUCAGUUGAUUUGCUUUUUUUUGAAUCAUAAUGGUUAACCCAUCAAUCGUUAAUCACGGAAACGGUAAUCAUAAUGCCGACCGGUGGACUGAAAUGAUGGCCAAAAUGAACGAGAAACCAUUGAUUCCGAUUCGAUCGGUAAUUGGCCUACUAGCGAUUCUAUCAACCGGAUUCGCUUAUGCUGCAAGUGCUAAUUUAAAUUUAAUCAUUGAUCCAAUUGCUCGUGAUGGUAUCAAUUUAACCUCAUCAAAUCAAAAGUUUUCGCAAUUAAAUCAGUCGAAGCCUCGAAUGUUAGAACCAAAGUUUGAUUCGGAUCUACCAGACUACUACUAUUUCUGGAGUUUGAGUGAUCGAUUUGCUAUUAGAACGGCUUAUUACUAUGGUUACCUGCCCGUCAAUAUAAUUUCCGGUCGACUUUGUGAACGGUUCAAUGUGGUUCGAAUCAUGUUAGGUGCUCAUAUUAUUUCAAUGUUAAUGACCCUGUUAACACCAAUCUCGAUUCAUGGGGGAGUUAUUGUCAUUUUUCUGGUUCGUUUUACUCAAGGAAUUUCCCAUGGACCCAUUUUAACGGGAAUCUAUGUUCUGGUCACUCGUUGGUUUCCCAAAAAAGAGCUUGGACUUGUACUAAGUUUAAUUUUCGCUUCAAUAGCCAUUGGUCAAGCAGUGACCAUUCCAUUGUCGGGUUACCUUUGUCAUCCAUUAUCUCAUCGCGGAUCCUCUUGGUCAUCAUGGUCAAUGUCCAAUGACUGGCCUGCCGUUUUUUACAUUAUCGGAGGUCUCAAUGGUACUUUCCUUGUAUUCUGGUGGCUAAUGGUCACUCCUGACCCUUCAAGUCACCGGUGGAUCUCUGAGUAUGAGUUGAGGCUCAUUCAACGAGAAUCAAGUUCUAAUCAACGUCGAAAGAUAGUUAAAGUUAAUUGGUAUAAACUGUGGUCAUCUAAAAAGAUAUGGUCAGUAUUUAUUGCCCAAGGUUCUUGGAGUAUUGGUUACAUUCUGGUCACUUCAUAUUUACCAAUUUAUCUUCAAUUUGUUUGGUCAUUUUCCAAUGGUACUAAUCAAUGGAUCAUAUUUUACCUUCUUAUGUCCAUCGUUGUAACUCUGGUCAUCUCAGGUCCACUUUCCGAUUGGAUUAUAAUCAAGAAAAUUGUUCACGUUUCAAUUACUCGUAAAAUCUUUGAAACUUGUUCUCUUCUCAUUCCUGCCAUUUGUUUUAUUGUGAUUACAUUUCUUUCCCAUGAUACAACAUCGAUACUUAUCAUUUUGACCUUCAGCAUGUUAGCACUUGGCCUCAGAGCGGGAGGUGAUAUUCCCCUUAUAUCAGAAAUGUCACCAGAUUUAGUGGGAACUGUUUUCGGCAUUGCCAACACAGCGUCAACGGCAAGUGGCCUUUCAGUUCCAAUCAUCGUUUACGCAAUUCUUGGUUCAAAGGAAACUGAUGACUUCCGUUGGAAUAUGAUCUUCAUCGUAAUUGGAUGUAUCAUGAUACUUGGCUGGUUCUAUUUUAUUAUUUUCGCUUCUUCGACACCACAACCCUGGGGAAUAGCACCUAAUAGAUCACAAUCGAUAGCAACUGUUGUCUCGAUCGAAAUGCCGGAAGUUUCUCGAUUUAGAUUAUGGUUUGAAAGGAGAAAACAGCGAAUGUCACAAGCAGCAUUAGUCUUUAAAUACUAAUCUGCCAAUUUAUCGAAUAACUUAAGAUACUAAAUUGAAAAAAAAAAUUCGCAAAAAAAAAAGAUUCUAAUAAAAGUUCUAAUGAUCCCAACAGAAAAAGAAUAAAUUUUAUUAUAUUA